ACAAACAAUGGAAUUGUGUAUCUAGUAGCGAAUUAAAAAGUUAGUGAACAAUAUAUAUCUAAUAAGAUUCUAACAAAAUAUUCAUUUCGAAAAACUAUAGUGUAAUGUACUUUUAAAAUUAAACUUAAGUGUAGUGCUAUAAAGUUAACAAUUAGACAUAUAGUGGAGAUUGACUUUGGGUGUGGCAACAUCCGAUCGACUUAUGAUUCGAAGGUGAAUCAACGGCCGACGUAAUCGGUCGGUAGAACGAGCAGUCGUCACCACGCUUUCAUCAUGACCCUGCACUGGUGGAUGCACUGGUUCUGGGUGACGAUGCUUCUCACAAUUAUAGCGAGCACUGGCAAAAACCUUGCGGCGCCCCAGUCAGAGGACUUAGCAGAUUUUGAAGUCGAACGUCAAAGCGCUGAUAGGCAAGCGAGAGCCAUGUACUUCACAAAAACUCCACAAGUCAGCACCACCAGAACAAAUCCGGAAAUAAAUGAAACAGUAAAUGUUGUAACUAAAGAACCACUUAAAGAAGUUAACGCAUCUGUUACGAAUGCAACAAUAGUAAAUAUCACGGAAGCUCAGCAAAUACAAUGGACUCCUGUCAACACAACUGAUAAUAAUGUGUCCAUUAUAGCACUACCAGAAAAUACAACUAACAUCAAUGUAACAAUAGACUUCACUAAUGUGACCAAUUCACAAAAUUCUACUUUCGCAUCAAAAAAACGCAAUUUGACAAGACCGGACUUCAUAAAAGAGGACCUCAGCUUGGAAGGCGUUGCAGAAAGUCGAAUCGUGACUGAAAAACCUCUUUCUUUGGAGACUACUUUCCUGCAAACGAGAAUACCCCCAAAUGUAGAAUCUUCCAGAAGGAUAAUAGAUUCUAAUGGCGGUGGAAUGGAUACGGGAGCAAUUGCCGGUAUAUCAUUCGCAGCGCUAGUGUUGGCAGCGCUAGCAGGUAGUACCGCCUUCGUUCUUUAUCGCAGGCGGUAUUUAAACAAGCCACAGACAUUGAAUGACAAAUGCUCGAAUCCCGAUUCUAGUGGAUAUCUUGAUGACAGCACUAUCAGGGAUAAUUCUGAGGAGAUGUACAGCCUGGACAACGAUUCAUUCCUGAAUUCGCUUGAAGCGAUGACAAUCCAGAAUUACUGGACUGACACGGUGAAACACACCAAGCUGUAAACAUCCGUACUAAUAGUAUGUUAACGUAUACGACUAUCUGAAGUGAAAUUGGAUAUAUGUAUAUGUUGCCAGUAGAAACAUUUCCCAGUGAUAUAUAAAAAAAUUGUUUUCAUAGUGAAUGAUUUAUUGAAAUAAUUCAAUUUUCCAGUUUUAUUUAACAUUAUUUUAAUAAAAUAUAUUUAUAUAAUGCGGUAAUCGGUAAAUAAUUUGUUCUAUGCAAAGUGACAUUUAAUGAUAUUUUAAUUUUCAAAAUAAUCGUAAACGUAUAUUAAAAAUGCUAGCAAUGUUAUUAUUGCUAUACUUUUACGUCAUUCAUUAAAAUAAAGUGAGUAGGUAUUAAUGUUGCUAACGUAUGCAAAAAGUAUUUUUUUGCACUAGCAACGAAAUUAAUAGACCUCUGCAAAACAUAUUUCAACUACACGCAAUCUAUUUAAUACAAUUUUAAAACAUGAUCAAAUAAAUUCCGACGCGUUUUAUUUUUGUGAUCCACUCUUAUCUAGUCUUAAAUCACACUUAUGUAUUACGGUCACUGGUUUAGUGUAACCUGAAUACAAAUUGUUUAUUAAACAAUUAUGGUCUCUCAUUUUGUGUGAUAGGAUUAUAGAGUCCUUCAUCCAAUCAACGGCACCGCAUACGAAAAAAAGCUAUGGUAACAUUGGCUAUUUAUUUUUUUUGAGUAAUAUUUCUUUUACUUAUAGGUAUUUUUUUUUGGAAUUAAAAUGACCACAGAUUCUACUUUACGCAAUAAUUAUAGUGGAAAUAAAGAUAGCCGUAAUAUUAUUUUAAUAUUUGAUGUUAAUUAAGCAUAUUCAAAUUGUAAUUAAUUUAUAAUAGUAUUAUUGUUUUAAAAUUAGAUUAUGUAAAUAGUUUUAAUGAUUGUGAUAACAUGUUCGGUUGUAUGAUAUA